ACGAUCAGGGUCCAAUUGCUUUCCUUUCCAACACACGGAUCUAAGAGGCAUGAAAGCAUUAUAAAAUAGAAAGAUCUCUGCUGAUGUUGCAAUUUAUGUUGCGGCUUGCUGACACCUGGCUGAAAAGGUUUUUAUGACUGUCUCCACCCACUAGUCAAUAUAUUUGUCUGUUGUACUCCCUUCAUCCUCCUUUCCUUCCUGAAAAGCCAGUGGAUUAAUAUGUGCGGAGUAUUGCACAGAACAUUUAACUCGAUCUAGAAUGUGGACACUCUGGCUCUUACAAUGCAUUUUAAUUUUAUGCUCUCUCACACCGGAUGCCACAGAGCUCAAGCAAAGAGAAACAAGCAAUGGCUUUGGACCCUGGGAUCCUGGGACAGCUUACAUCGCCUGGUGUGAUUUUAACAACAACUCGAGACCGUUUUGUGACUGGACCCUGCCCUGUAAAGUGAACCAAGGAGCCUGGAUAAGAACUAAGCAUGCCACACCAACCAUGGGAACGGGGCCCGAUGGAGACUACCCCGAUGGAAGUGGCUAUUUUAUUUACCAAGAGGCCAGUAACCUCAUCCCAUUUGACACCAACAGGAUUGAGAGCCCUGAAAUUGUGGUUUCUGGAGACAUAUGCAUAGACUUCCAGUAUCACAUGUCUGGGUCAGAGGACCAGAAUGAGCUUAAAGUGAUUGUCCAGAAUGAGGGACUGGAAGAUCUAGUGUGGAGUCGGAAGGGAAACCAGAGUUCUUCUUGGAUGCAUGGUUUCACCACUGUUCCCUUUCCGAAUGAGAGAAGGAUAAAGGUCAUUUUUGAGGCUGUUCGAGGAUUGACAGAAUACGGGGACACAGCAGUGGACAACGUGGGUGUCAGGAAUGGACCUUGUGGAGAUGGACCUACAACAACAGCGAGCCCUGGAUCAGUCACCACUUCCUCUUCUUCCACGUCACUUCCUCCACCGAGUUCAGAGUCCUGCGUGGUGGCCGGGGACCCUCACUACUACACCUUUGAUAAACAAACCCAUCAUUUCAUGGGGACCUGCGCCUACACGUUGUCCAAGCUGUGUGAUGCAAACAGCACGCUGCCCAACUUCAACGUGGAAGCAGAGAACGAGCACAGAGGAGGCAACACUCACGUCUCCUACGUCCGGUCUGUGAACGUCGAUGUUUAUGGCCUCCGGAUAACACUAGAGAAGGGGAGAGCCGUGAAGGUCAAUGGAGAGGGAGACAUUAUCAUCCCCUUCGCACCAUCGCCGGGUGUGCAAAUCUCCUCCAGUGGGCUUUAUGUCGUCGUCAGCACAGACUUCGGGUUGACCGUGAAGUUUGAUGGGGACCAUCGAGUGGAAGUGACCCUUCCCGGCUCCUUUGAAGGGAAGGUGUGUGGGAUGUGUGGGAAUUACAACGGGAACGCCACAGACGACUUUCUGAAUCCAGACGGGGCCUUGGAGCCAGACUCUACCAGCCUUGGCAACAGCUGGCAGGUCUCCAACCACACCAGUUGUCCUCCAGCACCAGGCCACGAUCCAGUGUGCGACGACAGCGAUAAGCAAAUCAUUGCCAGCGGUGCUUUCUGCGGUCUCCUGACAGAUGUGAAUGGCCCAUUUAGGAAGUGCCACCCCAAGCUAGACCCCAACAGUUACUUCAGCAGCUGCUUUUAUGACCAAUGUGAAUUGCAAAUGGAUCCCGACUCUCUCUGCAAGAGCCUGCAAGCUUAUGCAGAUGCCUGUCGCGCAGGUGGCGCUCAGAUAGAUUCCUGGAGGAAUGCUACCUUCUGUCCAAUUCUCUGUCAACCCAACAGUCACUAUGAAGCAUGCACGGCAGCCUGCCCUGCCACCUGUGCCAACCCAAGGGCUCCUGCCAGCUGCAGCCAGCCGUGUGUGGAAGGAUGCGUGUGCGACAGUGGCUAUCUUCUCUACAACGAUGGCUGUGUCCCCAGCAGCCAGUGUGGGUGCUGGCACAAUGGCAAACACUACCCGGUUGGUGCCGAAUUCUGGACAGAUGACACCUGCUCCUCUAAAUGCAGGUGUCCAUCUCAGGGGAGCAAAGUAACGUGCUCCAGCGCUUCCUGCCCAAGUGACCAUUACUGUGGGGUUCAGAACGGAGAACCUGGCUGCUACCCCGAGACUUACGGGAUCUGCCGAGUGCACAACGAUCCCCAUUACAACACCUUUGACAGAGAGACUCACCACUUCAUGGGGAUCUGCACCUACACGCUGGCCAAAGAAUGCGUCAACUCCAGCUCUCUGCCUUAUUUCAACAUCGAAGCCAAGAACGAGCAUCGAGGGAACCCCACGGUGUCCUACGUGCAGAAAGUCCUGGUGGAGGUUUAUGGAGAACACAUAGAAAUUCUCAAGAAUCAUCCAAGCCAAGUGCUGGUCAACAAGGUGCUAAUGACCCUUCCCGUAAGCGCCGCUGGUGGCUCAAUCACAGUGAGCAGGAGUGGACGAUACGUCACCCUAGAGACGGAUUUCAGACUGCGGGUUUCCUAUGACACCGAUCACUCGGUGGAAGUGAGGGUGCCCACCACCUAUUUCAACAGCACCUGUGGCAUGUGCGGUAACUUUAACAAUCGGAGAGACGAUGACUACAUGAUGCCCGACGGGCAGCAAGCCAAGAAUUCCAAUGAGCUGGGAAACAGCUGGCGCAUAAGAGACGACGAUCCCUCUUGCGAUGACCCCGUUCCACCAGAUAUCUGCCCUGUGGAGAAGGAGAACCUCUACAAAACGGACAGAUACUGUGGCCUCAUAACUAAAAGGCUGGGGCCCUUCGCAGCCUGCCACUCCGUGAUCAACCCUGAGAGCUUCUUUGAGAGCUGUGUCUAUGACCUCUGCGCCCUAAACGGGAGUGAGGGGGUCCUGUGCAGAACUCUGGAGGCCUACGCCGACGCGUGUCAGACCGCUGGAGUCAUGCUCUCCCAGUGGAGAAAUGCCACCUUCUGCCCUCCCACGUGUCGCGAUUCCAACAGCCACUAUGAGCCUUGUAUGACUGCCUGCCCUGCCACCUGUCUGGACCGCCUUGCUCCUGAGAACUGCAGCAAGCCCUGUGUGGAGGGAUGCGCGUGUAAUUCUGGGUUCGUCCUCAGCGGAGGCACCUGUGUGCCGGUGGGCAAGUGCGGCUGUGUGUUCCAGGACCGGUACUACAGUGAAGGAGAGAGCGUGGUGACCGAGGACUGCACCAGCCGGUGCCAGUGUCUGGGAAAUGGCAACAUGACGUGCAGCGCGCUGUCUUGUCAGCCACAUGAGAUCUGCAAGAUUCAAAACGGCCUGCGGGGGUGUUAUCCACCAAGCACCGCUACCUGCCACAUCUACGGCGACCCCCACUACACCACCUUCGAUGGGAAACUUCACCACUUCCAGGGGGCCUGCAACUACACCGUGGUGGAGACCUGCAAUAACUCCUCCGGCGGCUUUAAGCUUACCACCCGAAAUGAGCACAGGGGCAACCCCAGCUGGACAGCCAUUAACUCCGUCGCUCUCACCCUGCAGGGCGUCCACAUUGCUCUCCGGAAGAACAGGAUCGUCUACAUUAACGGUGCCCUGGCCUCUCCCCCUCCGGUGAAGAGGCGGGAGUCAGCCUGGGAGAAUGGGCGGCGGGCACUAUCUGCGGUAAGUGUCAGCUGGUAUCGGGAAAUGCACAUCGGCCGAAUUACAUGCCCACAGUAUUUGUGGGGAUGCAAAUUCAGUUGCCGUUCCUCCAUUCCAUUGGCAAAAUACAACUUGCAUGCCGCCAUCUCUUCCACUAUGGAACCCUCCAUAUCACCGAGUGUCACGAACGCCACAGUUCCUCCAGGGCACUGUACCAUGUCCUGUUCAUUUGACGAUGGCUUCUGUGACUGGACGCAGUCGAUCUCUGACACCUUGGACUGGAAACGUCACAGGGGACCAACCGACUCACCAAACACGGGACCCUCCUACGAUCACACCACAGGAGACGGUUACUUCAUCUAUCUGCAAGGGAGCGAGGCCGGACAGGGAGACAGGGCUCACUUGGUGAGUCCUGUGUGCAGUGCCAGUGGACCGCACUGUUUCCGCUUCUGGUAUCACAUGUUCGGAGUAGCUCAUGCAAUGGCACUAAGAGUUUACGUCCAGGAUGACGGAGAACUAGAGAUGGUCUGGUCACAGAGAGGAAAUAAUGGCGACAGGUGGAACUUUGCUGAAGUCACUGUGCACAACAGAGGCAACAUGCUGAUCCUGCUGGAGGGGGAGAGGGGUGAAGAUUUCCGCAGUGACUUAGCAGUGGAUGAUGUAUCUCUGGUGGAUGGAUAUUGCCCAGGAGAUGAACCUACAACAACAGUGAGCCCUGGACCAGUCACCACUUCCUCUUCUUCCAGGACGACCAUGUCACUUCCUCCAAUUAGUUCAGGACCUGGACCUACAAUAGCAACCCUUGGACCAGUCACCACUUCUGCACGGACAAUCACAGCACUUCCACUAUUACGUUCAGAGUCCUGCGUGGUGGCCGGGGACCCUCACUACUACACCUUUGAUAAACAAACCCAUCAUUUCAUGGGGACCUGCGCCUACACGUUGUCCAAGCUGUGUGAUGCAAAUAGCACGCUGCCCAACUUCAACGUGGAAGCAGAGAACGAGCACAGAGGAGGCAACACUCACGUCUCCUACGUCCGGUCUGUGAACGUCGAUGUUUAUGGCCUCCGGAUAACACUAGAGAAGGGGAGAGCCGUGAAGGUCAAUGGAGAGGGAGACAUUAUCAUCCCCUUCGCACCAUCGCCGGGUGUGCAAAUCUCCUCCAGUGGGCUUUAUGUCGUCGUCAGCACAGACUUCGGGUUGACCGUGAAGUUUGAUGGGGACCAUCGAGUGGAAGUGACCCUUCCCGGCUCCUUUGAAGGGAAGGUGUGUGGGAUGUGUGGGAAUUACAACGGGAACGCCACAGACGACUUUCUGAAUCCAGACGGGGCCUUGGAGCCAGACUCUACCAGCCUUGGCAACAGCUGGCAGGUCUCCAACCACACCAGUUGUCCUCCAGCACCAGGCCACGAUCCAGUGUGCGACGACAGCGAUAAGCAAAUCAUUGCCAGCGGUGCUUUCUGCGGUCUCCUGACAGAUGUGAAUGGCCCAUUUAGGAAGUGCCACCCCAAGCUAGACCCCAACAGUUACUUCAGCAGCUGCUUUUAUGACCAAUGUGAAUUGCAAAUGGAUCCCGACUCUCUCUGCAAGAGCCUGCAAGCUUAUGCAGAUGCCUGUCGCGCAGGUGGCGCUCAGAUAGAUUCCUGGAGGAAUGCUACCUUCUGUCCAAUUCUCUGUCAACCCAACAGUCACUAUGAAGCAUGCACGGCAGCCUGCCCUGCCACCUGUGCCAACCCAAGGGCUCCUGCCAGCUGCAGCCAGCCGUGUGUGGAAGGAUGCGUGUGCGACAGUGGCUAUCUUCUCUACAACGAUGGCUGUGUCCCCAGCAGCCAGUGUGGGUGCUGGCACAAUGGCAAACACUACCCGGUUGGUGCCGAAUUCUGGACAGAUGACACCUGCUCCUCUAAAUGCAGGUGUCCAUCUCAGGGGAGCAAAGUAACGUGCUCCAGCGCUUCCUGCCCAAGUGACCAUUACUGUGGGGUUCAGAACGGAGAACCUGGCUGCUACCCCGAGACUUACGGGAUCUGCCGAGUGCACAACGAUCCCCAUUACAACACCUUUGACAGAGAGACUCACCACUUCAUGGGGAUCUGCACCUACACGCUGGCCAAAGAAUGCGUCAACUCCAGCUCUCUGCCUUAUUUCAACAUCGAAGCCAAGAACGAGCAUCGAGGGAACCCCACGGUGUCCUACGUGCAGAAAGUCCUGGUGGAGGUUUAUGGAGAACACAUAGAAAUUCUCAAGAAUCAUCCAAGCCAAGUGCUGGUCAACAAGGUGCUAAUGACCCUUCCCGUAAGCGCCGCUGGUGGCUCAAUCACAGUGAGCAGGAGUGGACGAUACGUCACCCUAGAGACGGAUUUCAGACUGCGGGUUUCCUAUGACACCGAUCACUCGGUGGAAGUGAGGGUGCCCACCACCUAUUUCAACAGCACCUGUGGCAUGUGCGGUAACUUUAACAAUCGGAGAGACGAUGACUACAUGAUGCCCGACGGGCAGCAAGCCAAGAAUUCCAAUGAGCUGGGAAACAGCUGGCGCGUAAGAGACGACAAUCCCUCUUGCAGUGACCCCGUUCCACCAGAUAUCUGCCCUGUGGAGAAGGAGAACCUCUACAAAACGGACAGAUACUGUGGCCUCAUAACUAAAAGGCUGGGGCCCUUCGCAGCCUGCCACUCCGUGAUCAACCCUGAGAGCUUCUUUGAGAGCUGUGUCUAUGACCUCUGCGCCCUAAACGGGAGUGAGGGGGUCCUGUGCAGAACUCUGGAGGCCUACGCCGACGCGUGUCAGACCGCUGGAGUCAUGCUCUCCCAGUGGAGAAAUGCCACCUUCUGCCCUCCCACGUGUCGCGAUUCCAACAGCCACUAUGAGCCUUGUAUGACUGCCUGCCCUGCCACCUGUCUGGACCGCCUUGCUCCUGAGAACUGCAGCAAGCCCUGUGUGGAGGGAUGCGCGUGUAAUUCUGGGUUCGUCCUCAGCGGAGGCACCUGUGUGCCGGUGGGCAAGUGCGGCUGUGUGUUCCAGGACCGGUACUACAGUGAAGGAGAGAGCGUGGUGACCGAGGACUGCACCAGCCGGUGCCAGUGUCUGGGAAAUGGCAACAUGACGUGCAGCGCGCUGUCUUGUCAGCCACAUGAGAUCUGCAAGAUUCAAAACGGCCUGCGGGGGUGUUAUCCACCAAGCACCGCUACCUGCCACAUCUACGGCGACCCCCACUACACCACCUUCGAUGGGAAACUUCACCACUUCCAGGGGGCCUGCAACUACACCGUGGUGGAGACCUGCAAUAACUCCUCCGGCGGAUUUAAGCUUACCACCCGAAAUGAGCACAGGGGCAACCCCAGCUGGACAGCCAUUAACUCCGUCGCUCUCACCCUGCAGGGCGUCCACAUUGCUCUCCGGAAGAACAGGAUCGUCUAUAUUAACGGUGCCCUGGCCUCUCCCCCUGUAACUCCUCUCCCCGGAGUGACCGUUUCGCUCAUCGGACACUACGUACACGUGACUACACCCCUGGGCCUGCAGCUACAGUUCAAUGGGGACCAUGAGCUCUUUGUAAGAGUGACGGAGAAGCACAAAGGGAGUCUGUGUGGAUUGUGCGGGACGUACACAGGGACCCAGCAGGAUGACUUCACCAGACCCGAUGGGGUCGUGGUGGCAGACGUCAAUGAAUUUGGAGCCAGCUGGAGCGUGCCUGACGACGAGUGGCCUUGCAACUCAACUGUGGCCCCACCGGUAACGUGCUCUUCCUCCGAGCAGCAGGCAGCCGAGGGGCGGUGCAGAAUCCUGACAGACCGAGAUGGCCCGUUCGCCCCGUGCCAUGCUGCGGUGCCGCCUCACCUCUACUUUGAGAGCUGCGUCUACGAUCAGUGUGCUGCAGGGGGAAGCUCUGAGCAGCUCUGCAAUGAUCUGGAAUCCUAUGCAACAGCCUGUGCAGAGGCGGGAGUCAGCCUGGGAGAAUGGGCGGCGGGCACUAUCUGCGCCGCCAUCUCUUCCACUAUGGAACCCUCCAUAUCACCGAGUGUCACGAACGCCACAGUUCCUCCAGUGCACUGUAGCAUGUCCUGUUCAUUUGACCAUGGCUUCUGUGACUGGACGCAGUCGAUCUCUGACACCUUGGACUGGAAACGUCACAGGGGACCAACCGACUCACCAAACACGGGACCCUCCUACGAUCACACCACAGGAGACGGUUACUUCAUCUAUCUGCAAGGGAGCGAGGCCGGACAGGGAGACAGGGCUCACUUGGUGAGUCCUGUGUGCAGUGCCAGUGGACCGCACUGUUUCCGCUUCUGGUAUCACAUGUUCGGAGUAGCUCAUGCAAUGGCACUAAGAGUUUACGUCCAGGAUGACGGAGAACUAGAGAUGGUCUGGUCACAGAGAGGAAAUAAUGGCGACAGGUGGAACUUUGCUGAAGUCACUGUGCACAACAGAGGCAACAUGCUGAUCCUGCUGGAGGGGGAGAGGGGUGAAGAUUUCCGCAGUGACUUAGCAGUGGAUGAUGUAUCUCUGGUGGAUGGAUAUUGCCCAGGAGAUGAACCUACAACAACAGUGAGCCCUGGACCAGUCACCACUUCCUCUUCUUCCAGGACGACCAUGUCACUUCCUCCAAUUAGUUCAGGACCUGGACCUACAAUAGCAACCCUUGGACCAGUCACCACUUCUGCACGGACAAUCACAGCACUUCCACUAUUACGUUCAGAGUCCUGCGUGGUGGCCGGGGACCCUCACUACUACACCUUUGAUAAACAAACCCAUCAUUUCAUGGGGACCUGCGCCUACACGUUGUCCAAGCUGUGUGAUGCAAAUAGCACGCUGCCCAACUUCAACGUGGAAGCAGAGAACGAGCACAGAGGAGGCAACACUCACGUCUCCUACGUCCGGUCUGUGAACGUCGAUGUUUAUGGCCUCCGGAUAACACUAGAGAAGGGGAGAGCCGUGAAGGUCAACGGAGAGGGAGACAUUAUCAUCCCCUUCGCACCAUCACUGGGUGUGCAAAUCUCCUCCAGUGGGCUUUAUGUCGUCGUUAGCACAGACUUUGGGUUGACCGUGAAGUUUGAUGGGGACCAUCGAGUGGAAGUGACCCUUCCCGGCUCCUUUGAAGGGAAGGUGUGUGGGAUGUGUGGGAAUUACAACGGGAACGCCACAGACGACUUUCUGAAUCCAGACGGGGCCUUGGAGCCAGACUCUACCAGCCUUGGCAACAGCUGGCAGGUCUCCAACCACACCAGUUGUCCUCCAGCACCAGGCCACGAUCCAGUGUGCGACGACAGCGAUAAGCAAAUCAUUGCCAGCGGUGCUUUCUGCGGUCUCCUGACAGAUGUGAAUGGCCCAUUUAGGAAGUGCCACCCCAAGCUAGACCCCAACAGUUACUUCAGCAGCUGCUUUUAUGACCAAUGUGAAUUGCAAAUGGAUCCCGACUCUCUCUGCAAGAGCCUGCAAGCUUAUGCAGAUGCCUGUCGCGCAGGUGGCGCUCAGAUAGAUUCCUGGAGGAAUGCUACCUUCUGUCCAAUUCUCUGUCAACCCAACAGUCACUAUGAAGCAUGCACGGCAGCCUGCCCUGCCACCUGUGCCAACCCAAGGGCUCCUGCCAGCUGCAGCCAGCCGUGUGUGGAAGGAUGCGUGUGCGACAGUGGCUAUCUUCUCUACAACGAUGGCUGUGUCCCCAGCAGCCAGUGUGGGUGCUGGCACAAUGGCAAACACUACCCGGUUGGUGCCGAAUUCUGGACAGAUGACACCUGCUCCUCUAAAUGCAGGUGUCCAUCUCAGGGGAGCAAAGUAACGUGCUCCAGCGCUUCCUGCCCAAGUGACCAUUACUGUGGGGUUCAGAACGGAGAACCUGGCUGCUACCCCGAGACUUACGGGAUCUGCCGAGUGCACAACGAUCCCCAUUACAACACCUUUGACAGAGAGACUCACCACUUCAUGGGGAUCUGCACCUACACGCUGGCCAAAGAAUGCGUCAACUCCAGCUCUCUGCCUUAUUUCAACAUCGAAGCCAAGAACGAGCAUCGAGGGAACCCCACGGUGUCCUACGUGCAGAAAGUCCUGGUGGAGGUUUAUGGAGAACACAUAGAAAUUCUCAAGAAUCAUCCAAGCCAAGUGCUGGUCAACAAGGUGCUAAUGACCCUUCCCGUAAGCGCCGCUGGUGGCUCAAUCACAGUGAGCAGGAGUGGACGAUACGUCACCCUAGAGACGGAUUUCAGACUGCGGGUUUCCUAUGACACCGAUCACUCGGUGGAAGUGAGGGUGCCCACCACCUAUUUCAACAGCACCUGUGGCAUGUGCGGUAACUUUAACAAUCGGAGAGACGAUGACUACAUGAUGCCCGACGGGCAGCAAGCCAAGAAUUCCAAUGAGCUGGGAAACAGCUGGCGCAUAAGAGACGACGAUCCCUCUUGCGAUGACCCCGUUCCACCAGAUAUCUGCCCUGUGGAGAAGGAGAACCUCUACAAAACGGACAGAUACUGUGGCCUCAUAACUAAAAGGCUGGGGCCCUUCGCAGCCUGCCACUCCGUGAUCAACCCUGAGAGCUUCUUUGAGAGCUGUGUCUAUGACCUCUGCGCCCUAAACGGGAGUGAGGGGGUCCUGUGCAGAACUCUGGAGGCCUACGCCGACGCGUGUCAGACCGCUGGAGUCAUGCUCUCCCAGUGGAGAAAUGCCACCUUCUGCCCUCCCACGUGUCGCGAUUCCAACAGCCACUAUGAGCCUUGUAUGACUGCCUGCCCUGCCACCUGUCUGGACCGCCUUGCUCCUGAGAACUGCAGCAAGCCCUGUGUGGAGGGAUGCGCGUGUAAUUCUGGGUUCGUCCUCAGCGGAGGCACCUGUGUGCCGGUGGGCAAGUGCGGCUGUGUGUUCCAGGACCGGUACUACAGUGAAGGAGAGAGCGUGGUGACCGAGGACUGCACCAGCCGGUGCCAGUGUCUGGGAAAUGGCAACAUGACGUGCAGCGCGCUGUCUUGUCAGCCACAUGAGAUCUGCAAGAUUCAAAACGGCCUGCGGGGGUGUUAUCCACCAAGCACCGCUACCUGCCACAUCUACGGCGACCCCCACUACACCACCUUCGAUGGGAAACUUCACCACUUCCAGGGGGCCUGCAACUACACCGUGGUGGAGACCUGCAAUAACUCCUCCGGCGGAUUUAAGCUUACCACCCGAAAUGAGCACAGGGGCAACCCCAGCUGGACAGCCAUUAACUCCGUCGCUCUCACCCUGCAGGGCGUCCACAUUGCUCUCCGGAAGAACAGGAUCGUCUAUAUUAACGGUGCCCUGGCCUCUCCCCCUGUAACUCCUCUCCCCGGAGUGACCGUUUCGCUCAUCGGACACUACGUACACGUGACUACACCCCUGGGCCUGCAGCUACAGUUCAAUGGGGACCAUGAGCUCUUUGUAAGAGUGACGGAGAAGCACAAAGGGAGUCUGUGUGGAUUGUGCGGGACGUACACAGGGACCCAGCAGGAUGACUUCACCAGACCCGAUGGGGUCGUGGUGGCAGACGUCAAUGAAUUUGGAGCCAGCUGGAGCGUGCCUGACGACGAGUGGCCUUGCAACUCAACUGUGGCCCCACCGGUAACGUGCUCUUCCUCCGAGCAGCAGGCAGCCGAGGGGCGGUGCAGAAUCCUGACAGACCGAGAUGGCCCGUUCGCCCCGUGCCAUGCUGCGGUGCCGCCUCACCUCUACUUUGAGAGCUGCGUCUACGAUCAGUGUGCUGCAGGGGGAAGCUCUGAGCAGCUCUGCAAUGAUCUGGAAUCCUAUGCAACAGCCUGUGAAGAGGCGGGAGUCAGCCUGGGAGAAUGGACGGCGGGCACUAUCUGCGCCGCCAUCUCUUCCACUGUGGAACCCUCCAUAUCACCGAGUGUCACGAAUGCCACAGUUCCUCCAGGGCACUGUACCAUGUCCUGUUCAUUUGACGAUGGCUUCUGUGACUGGACGCAGUCGAUCUCUGACACCUUGGACUGGAAACGUCACAGGGGACCAACCGACUCACCAAACACGGGACCCUCCUACGAUCACACCACAGGAGACGGUUACUUCAUCUAUCUGCAAGGGAGCGAGGCCGGACAGGGAGACAGGGCUCACUUGGUGAGUCCUGUGUGCAGUGCCAGUGGACCGCACUGUUUCCGCUUCUGGUAUCACAUGUUCGGAGUAGCUCAUGCAAUGGCACUAAGAGUUUACGUCCAGGAUGACGGAGAUCUAGAGAUGGUCUGGUCACAGAGAGGAAAUAAUGGCGACAGGUGGAACUUUGCUGAAGUCACUGUGCACAACAGAGGCAACAUGCUGAUCCUGCUGGAGGGGGAGAGGGGUGAAGAUUUCCGCAGUGACUUAGCAGUGGAUGAUGUAUCUCUGGUGGAUGGAUAUUGCCCAGGAGAUGAACCAACAACAACAGCGAGCACUGGAUCAGUCACCACUUCUUCUUCUUCUGGGACGACCACGUCACUUCCUCCACCGAGUUCAGGAGGAUCCCCGACCACAGGAAGUCCAACUACAGAAAAACCUUGUCAGACAGGCCGCGGCACCUGCAGUGCCUCAGGGGACCCACAUUAUAACACCUUUGACGGCAGAGUUCACCAUUUCAUGGGAAACUGCACCUACACCCUCUCCAAAGUCUGCAACGCCUCCGGGGGGCUCCCACCUUUCGACGUCUCCACCACCAACGAGCACAGGGGCUCCAAUACCAAAGUGUCCUAUGUAAAGUCCGUGAACGUGGACGUCUAUGGAACUCAGAUUUCCUUGCUGCAGAACAGGAAAGUGAAUGUAAGUGAAAGGUGAUUUAACAGCAAUAUUCCAAUCAUCUGACAUUCCUAACUGAGACUUGUGAAAACUGAGACAUUGGAUUGCACUGACAGGUCACCUGGUGGGUUUCUCUUUUCUCACUGGCUGUGUGCGCUUCUUGGAAUUAGGUUUGCGCUGAGAACGCUCAGGACUGGUAGUUGAAUUUUGCUUUCUGUCA